AGAGCACUUGAAUGCAACAGUAGCAGCAGCAGCCUGUCCGCGCUGGGUUUCACUCUGAACAAACUUGACUGAACAAAGCAUCAACAAAUAUGGCCGGAAAUGCAUAUUUGACAGCUUCUACCUUUCUGCUCUGCCUGCUUUACGUCACCGGUGACUUCUGCGAGGUGAACGUUUGCAACAAUGGAGCGACGUGCGUGACCGGCGUAGGAGAAGAUCCCUUCAUCUGCAUCUGUGCCGAUGGUUUUGCCGGAGACACGUGCAACCUGACAGAGAGCGGGCCUUGCAGUCCCAAUCCGUGUAAGAACGAGGCGUCGUGCCAGGUGAUGGCCCCCACCAGAAGGGGGGAUGUUUUCAACGAGUACACCUGCAAAUGCCAGCCCGGUUUUGAGGGAGCUCACUGCCAGAUCAACGUCAACGACUGCGCAAGCCGGCCGUGUAAGAACGGAGGAACGUGCCGAGAUCUUGAUGGAGAUUAUUCCUGUCAGUGCUCGUCGCCCUACGUGGGGAAGCAGUGCCAACUUCGUUGUAUUUCCCUGCUGGGAAUGGAGGGAGGCGCCAUCACGGAAUCCCAGAUUUCAGCUUCGUCCGUGCACUACAGCAUUCUGGGUCUUCAACGCUGGGGUCCCGAGUUGGCUCGGCUCAACAACCAAGGCAUCGUCAACGCCUGGACGUCGGCCACCUACGACAAGAACCCCUGGAUAGAGAUCAACAUGCAGAAGAAGAUGCGUGUGACGGGCAUCAUAACCCAAGGUGCCAGUCGGAUGGGCGCCGCCGAGUACAUCAAGGCCUUCAAGGUGUCCAGCAGCUUCGACGGAAAGACGUACACGUCCUACAAAACCGACGGGUCGCGGCGAGACAGGGUCUUCGUGGGCAACGCGGACAACGACAGCACCAAGACCAACCUCUUCGACCCGCCCAUCCUGGCCCAGUACCUUCGCAUCCUUCCUGUCGUCUGCCGACGAGCGUGCACGCUCCGCAUGGAAAUGGUGGGAUGUCAACUCAACGUUUAUUCAAACACGACAGGAUGCUCCGAGCCGAUGGGGAUGAAGUCUCGGCUGAUCUCGGACGGGCAGCUUUCGGCGUCCAGCUCGUUCCGCACGUGGGGCAUCGACACCUUCACCUGGCGGCCUCAGUUCGCCCGCCUGGAUAAGCAGGGCAAGACCAACGCGUGGUCCCCCGCCCACAACAACAGAUCAGAGUGGAUCCAGGUGGACCUGGAGAAGACGAAGCGUCUGACGGGCAUCGUCACUCAGGGGGCCAAGGACUUCGGCGUGGUGCAGUUUGUGUCCGUGUUCAAAGUGUCCUUCAGCGACGAUGGCGAGUCUUGGACGACGAUGAAGGACGUCAACACGCACGCUGAUAAGCUUUUUCAAGGCAAUACCGACAACAACAGUCACGUGAGGAAUGUAUUUGAUCCACCUUUCUACGCCCGCUACGUACGAGUGCUUCCGUGGGAGUGGCACGAACGCAUCACCUUACGAAUGGAGCUGCUGGGCUGCGACGAAUAGAAAGCCGCCGCAUCCAUCUCUGCCGCCAUGACACGGGGGUCGCAUUGGAUGUCUAACACGUGAUAGCAGUAGUGAAGGAUUUGACGUGACCGUCUUCUACUGGGGAUCCAAUAUGGGUCAGUGCAAUACGGAUCCUGGCAAGUCCAGACCUGGAUGAAGUCUGGUACGCAGGUUUUGGGUUUUUUACAUUUCCACGUAGUUUAGAUUUCAAUGUAACAUCAAUGUUGGUUUUUACUAAAUGAAUUGUUGAUCACGAAUUAAAGAUACGUGAAUACACGA